AUUUUUCAUUUUUAAGAUGAUUUAGACAAAAUGAUUUUUAUUCUAUGAUGAGUUUAUUGAGUGAUGAAGUUAAUUUCUUGGUGUAUCGUUACUUACUAGAGUCUGGCUAUCAACAUUCUGCAUUUUUAUUUGCUUUGGAAAGCCAUGUAGCACAAUCCAACAUCAAUGGGUCACUUGUACCUUCUGGAGCUCUAGUGAGUGUCAUACAAAAAGGAAUACAAUUUAUUGAAGGAGAGUUAUGCAUCAAUGAUGAUGGAAGUUUUAUAGAAAAUUUGAAUGCUCUUGAAAGUCUUCCACUUAUUGAUGCUGUUAUUCCAGAAGUUCUUGCUGAACGUGCAGAAACUCUUUAUAGAUUAGUAACUCAAAAACAUGAAAGUGCUUUAUCACCUACCAAAUUGUUCAAUAACACUCAUGAAAUUGGUAUUGAAGAAGAUAUUGUACUACGAGGUCAUAAAGCUGAAUUCUGCUGAUGGAAUGGUUGGGUUGUGGCACUUAGACUCAGAUAGAAUGAUUGCUCUUGAUCAUGUUGGUCAAUCAAGAAAAAAUUCUUCAACUGAUAUAACUUGCUUAGUUUGGCAUCCAGAAGGUCAUGUGCUUGCAACUGCCGCAUCUGAUUUUAUAACACGAAUUUGGGAUGUAGAAGGCAAUUUACUGACUGCAUUAACUGGUCAUAAAGAUUUAAUUUUAUCUUUAAAUUGGAACAAAAAAGGACAAUUUUUAUUAAGUGCUGGUUUAGACAAGAAAUGCAUUAUAUGGGAUGGAGAAAAGUUUGAAAAAGUUGUUGAACUUUUUUGUCAUACAGGUCCAGUUGUUGAUGCAGAUUGGAAAGACGAUUUUACGUUUGCAAGUUGUUCAACAGAUAGAAGUGUUUGUGUUUCAACUAUUCAUGACAGUAAACCAUUGAAGAUUUUUUUAGGACAUAAGGAUGUGGUUAAUUGUGUACAAUGGGAUCCUACAUCAUCAUUAUUAGCAACUUGUGCUGAUGAUAAAUCUGUCAAGCUUUGGAGUAUGAAACAAGAUGAUGCUGUUGCUAGUUUAUCUGGUCAUACAAAAGAAGUUACUCUUGUAAAAUGGGCCUCCUCUAGGCUUUUAGGGAGUGCAAGUUAUGAUCAAAGUAUUCGAAUAUGGAAUGUAGAAAGUUUAACCUGUUUAUAUGAAUUCAACAGACACUAUGAACCAGUGAACUCAAUUUCUUUUGAUCCAACUGGGCGUUAUCUAGUAUCAGCUGCUUUAGAUGGCCUUCUAAAUAUUUGGGAAUUAGAGAAAGGAGAAUGCAUUCAAUCUCAGCGGAGUAAUAGCGGAAUCUUCGAAGUACAAUGGAGUAAAAAUGCUUUCUACAUUAGUGUUUGCCAGUCAGAUAAAACGAUCAAAAUAUUAGAUACUCGAAAACUACUAUAACGAUUUUGACAAGUCAAAGAAUGAUUCAUCUUUUUCACCAACGUUACUAUUUAUUUAGCGGCAUGAUCAAAAUUUUGAAUAAAAUUUUGUAACAAUAACGACGCUAGAACUAUGUUAGUAUCGAUACAUCUAGAAGUAUGUUAGCAUCGAUACAUCUAGAAGUAUGUUAGUAUCGAUAUAUCUAAAAGUAUGUUAGAAUCGGUUUUAUAUUGAGACUGAAAACGCGUAUUGCCGUAUAAUGUAGAAUGUGCAAGUAUAAUACUAUCGUAUACUAAUAUAUCGCAUGGAUUCAACGUAUAUGUUAGAAGAAACCUUUUAGGAUUUUUAUUCUGUUUUUAAUUCUAUUUUUGUUCUGUUAUAAAUAUUGCAAAAUUUAUUUAUUAUGAAGAUUUUUGGUUUACGUGGAUGCAAAUCACGUUUUUAUUGCAUCUUAUACAGAAUAUGAUUUCUUAGUCAACAUUUGUGAAUGGCAAUUGGCUGUAGCUUUUAUAUAGAGGAAUAUAUUGUAAUAUGAAAACUAAAGUUUAUGCUGCAAUUUAAAGUUGACCACAACCCUA